GCAGAAACUAACGGAUGCGUUAGGGGUUUGAAGGUGUCCACUUUGGAAGUUUGCGCUCUGCCUCUGUGUGAACGUCAGUAUGUGUAUCUGGUGGUGCAAACGAAAGCAGCGCAACUUCAAGGAGCAGGAGGGGCUCUUCUAUUAUUUGAUCCCGCUAAUUGUUAAUUGAAGUUUAAGCACCGGACACUAGCCGAGGACAUCUUACUGUUCCCGCUGGACUAUAACCUCGACUACUCGCCACUGUUUUAAUUGAGCCUGGAAGAAAAGGCUGCAGCUGUGUCACUUUUCUCCUUCUUAGAAGUGUCUCCGUGCUGUGUGCCACAUUCAACACGGAGUCAGUCUCACCUAAAACAUGUCCACCAAAUUGUUCCUCUACUUCUUUCUUCUGUCAGUGUUUCGUGCAUGUUCUCAAACAGUCGCUUCUGAGGAUGAGUACGACGACGUUACUGUGAAUCAAAUGUUGGCCCCCAAAACCCACGAGAGGGACACAACGCAAAUAUUAAACAACUUACUAAAGGAGUAUGACAAAAAGCUGCGGCCGGAUAUUGGAGUCAAACCAACAGUAAUUGAUGUUGACAUCUACAUAAAUAGUAUUGGACCUGUGUCAUCAAUAAAUAUGGAGUACCAGAUUGACAUCAUUUUUGCGCAAACCUGGACGGACAGCCGGCUCAGAUAUAACAGCACUAAGAAAAUUUUGACUUUGAACAGUAAUAUGGUUGGACUCAUUUGGCUACCAGACACGAUCUUCAGAAAUUCCAAGAGUGCAGAUUCACAUUGGAUUACUACACCAAAUCAGCUCCUUAGAAUAUGGAAUGAUGGGAAAAUACUUUACACUUUGAGAUUGACCAUAAAUGCAGAGUGCCAGCUUCAACUGCAUAACUUUCCUAUGGAUGAACACUCUUGUCCUCUCAUCUUCUCCAGCUAUGGAUACCCACGAGAUGAAAUGAUUUACAAGUGGAGAAAGAAUUCGGUGCAGGCGGCUGAUCAGAAGUCAUGGAGACUUUAUCAGUUCGACUUCAUGGGCCUGAGAAACACCACAGACAUAAUUAAGACAACAGCAGGUGACUAUGUGGUGAUGAGUGUAUAUUUUGACCUAAGCAGAAGAAUGGGGUACUUCACAAUUCAGACCUACAUCCCAUGCAUACUUACUGUGGUUCUCUCUUGGGUCUCCUUUUGGAUCAAAAAAGAUGCAACUCCAGCCAGAACAGCACUAGGAAUAACAACGGUAUUAACCAUGACAACGCUGAGCACAGUGGCACGGACAUCACUACCCAGGGUCUCGUACGUCACAGCAAUGGAUCUUUUCGUCACUGUCUGUUUCCUGUUUGUUUUUGCGGCUCUCAUGGAGUAUGCCACACUCAAUUAUUACUCCUACAGUGCUCGCAGACCAACCUGCAACAAGACGAAAAGAUCGAACUACUCCGUACUGGAUGUGGGUCCUCCUCCCACGGUUAUCACACUCAACAACUCCAUGUACUGGCAGGAGUUUGAUGAUGCCUGUGUUUAUGAGUGCCUGGAUGGAAAAGACUGCCAGAGUUUCUUCUGCUGCUACGAAGAGUGCAAAGAUGGAGCGUGGCGAAAGGGCCGUGUGCAUAUAGACAUUUUGGAACUCGAUGCAUACUCUCGUGUCUUCUUUCCCACCUCUUUUCUAUUAUUCAAUAUUGUCUACUGGGUAGGCUACUUGUAUCUUUAGCGUUCCCACACACCUCACUACACAAAGAACUUGACUUCUGGUUCUGUCAUAGCAGACACAAAGAACAGACUGAACCAAGACUUUUCAAGGUACUGGGAAAAAAAAGAGCGGAUACUGUUCAUCAGAGUUGAGCUGUGGUGAUUCAAGGACUUUUCCAUUAGGAGAUGAAAAUUAGACAAUGCUACAGGAACCGAAAGCUACAGAAGACGCAUCAAAAAACUUAAAACCAGGCUGUUUUUAUAUGGUCAAGAAGAAUAUUGCCACAAGCUCUUUAAGUGGUUGCAGUUCUCUGGCAGAGAUCUUUGCCUUCUGUUCUUUCAGGUACCAGGGAAAAAAAGAUUCACAAUUUUCCUCUCACACAAUCUCGUCUUUUUAUGGGUGAGAGAGCAGCUGUAAGGAGUCAAGUAGUGAAAAAUCCUUAGGCCAAGACAGCGUGAGAAAAAAAUGCCUUGCAUAGCAUGACCCUCUGACUUUUGGUGUCCCUUACAACCCUGGUAGAUCGUUCACGGUCAUCUAGCCAUCAGUCAAAACCAGACCGGCAAUCAUGUAAGCGUAGCUUUCAGAGCCAAAUAUAGUGCCUUCCAGUGGAGGAGAAGCCAUCAGGCAGAGAAAUCCUAGAAAUGAUGGCAGGAGCAUCAUCUGGUCUUGACUGACUGCUGAUGGUUUUAUUUUGGAGUUUUGUUAUUCAAGCUUUAGUUAUAGUCACUCAUUAUUUUGACGCAUUUAACAUGUCUAAACGCAUCAUCACUGCAUGAUAUAUGAUAGUAUUAAGCUGUACCCUGAAUCAGCACAAUAAUGGCAAGAGAGAAGAUCCAUUUUAAAAUAUUUGGAAUAUUAAUUAGUAUGUAGAUUGCAAAUGUUUGCCUACAUUAUUGCUAAUAUUUGUAUUGCACAUUUUUCAACACAACAGAGAGGUUAAUUAAAGGUUAAAUUAAUAUAUUAUAUAAUACAUUAUAUUUUAUUUUGAAAUGCCUAAAGUCUAUCAGGAUCAAUCUAUUAGUUAAAAAAUUGCAUGUAUAGAAUGGAUCAUAAGUUCCAUAGAAUCUCACCCUUCAGUUCAGCCUGAGUUGGCACAAUAGUUGAUAUUCAUGUGUACACCAAGCAUAGCAAAAUCAAAACCACCUAAAGGAAAUCAAGGAAAGUGAGUGUCUCUGGUUCUUUGUAGGCACAUUUGUAUUAUCUGCAGAUUUUAUUUCUAUCUUGGAGUUGCAUCCACAGCCCAUCCUAUGAUGUGGCAAUACAUUUGACACUGCAGGUUGCAAAUCAUUGCAUAUACUGUAUAGGAUAGUUCAUUCAAAAAGUAAAUUCUGUCAUCCUCUCACUCUCAUAUACUGUACAUUAGGUUUUCCAGUACUCAAGGCUGUGCUUUUCCAUGCAAUGAAAUUGGGUAAUACUUUUAGAAAAAAGAAAAAUCAUACAGGUUUGGAGCAACAUGAGGGUUAGUAGAUACUGGCAGUUUUAUUUAUAUAUUUUUGAGUGACAUAUCCAUUUAGUAAUAAAAAGUAAUUCGAAUGAUCAGUUAGAAAAAACUAAAUUCGAAUGAUCAGUAACACUUUACACACGUUUCAAAUGGUUAACAUUAGUUAAUGCAAUAUGUUCCAUUGAAGUAACAAUGAACAACAUUUAAAUUAACUAUUUAAAUUAUACAACUUGAAAUGUUAAAAAUAACUGGUAUGUAUAAAUUAAAAUUAACUUGGAUUAAUAAAUGUAGGAAGUGUAUCUUACUUUUAGUUUAUAAUACCUAAUGCAUUAGUUUAUGUUAGUGAAUUACAGUUUGUUGUAAAGUGUUAUCAAACAAUCUUCAGCACACUGCAGUACGACACCCUACAUAAUCACUGUGUUCAUUACCGAACUGGAAUUCACAAUAAGAGUUGUUACUGUGUUGCCUUAGGGUCACUUGCACAAAGAUACUGUGAGAUGAUCCAUUAAAGAAAGACAGAAGGAUUACUUCAAAUUGCAGUCAUUACCAAAGGAUUCACGCUAGCUGAAAACAUUGAGGCAAUCUCAAACCCUUUUUUUUUUUUUUUUUUUUUUUGAUUAAUUAUUUCGUAGUCAUGAUCUUCAUUAUCACUAUUAUCUCAUGGGUAAUAUGUAAAUGCAUGAUGCACAUCAGAGGCAAUAUUAUUGUUAUUUUCUUCCUCAUAGAUUGUAGUCCCCCCCCCCCCCAUCUUCUUUUUAAUGGAGCAUUUUUCAAUCUGAACCACUGUGGUGGGCUGUGGAUUCUACCAUUCUGGCACCAGCUCUAAUACACCUGGCCUACAGAAGGUAUCAACAUUUAAUCAAUCAAGUAAUUCAUCUGUCAGUAUGGGCAGUAUGGCAAACCUUAGUGUUUGAAGUCACAUUUUUAUUUGAUUCAUAUUUGUACUUAGUUUGUGCCAAGCAUCUUUGUAAUGAAAUAUUUUUAAGGAUUGUGUCGAAGUCUGUUAAUGAUGUUUUGAAUAACCAGAAAUGUGCUGUGAUUUGCUGCCAAGCUGAUUCUACUCUUGCAUUUCAUGAUGCUAUAAUGUUUUUAUUAUGUUUGUUAUUUUUUUUUUUUUUUUGUGGCUUCUUGAAGGUGUUGAACUGUUUCGCAAUUCUGUUUGAUGAUAAUCUGUGAGUGUUUCAACGUUGAUAUUGCAGCUGUUAAUUUAGUUUGACGUACAAUAAUUAUUAGCUGUUCAUUUAUAGUGGUGCUAGAGCUUCAAACUGACCUUUGUUCGAGUUCAACCAUCAUUCGAGAGCAGUGGUUUUUGCUCUUCACCCCCAAGGAAUCAGACUUUGCCAAAAAGUCAUGUUAGUUACCUAAAGCCAUAUGCUGGAAUUAAAUCCAAUUAUACUGGUUUUUAUAGUGGCCUAAUAAUGAUAUUAAUUCCAAUGACGAAGCACUACGAGGAAGGAAAUAGAAAAUCUUGUGCAUUAGCCCUUAAUGUAUUUUAAGCUUAUUUGGUCAUAUUUUGUCACUACUACAUAUCGUUCUUCCCCUUUCAAGCCAGGGGGUCUUUCAGUGCAACAAAUACAAUGUUUAGUUGUUUUUGUUUUGUUUUUCUUCACAAAGAGAAAAAAAAUUACACAUUCAAGUGACCUUUAAAAGGGUGGAUAUGCUAUCUUUAAUUAUAUAACGUAUUCACUGAAGACUCCGUACCCUAUAGCAUCCUUCUAGCCACUGGGCAGACCAGAUAAAUCUGGUUUAAAAGCGGUCAUUGGUUAAUUUUACUUUCUUUUACAUCCUUGGAAUUUACAUAUAAGUAAUAAAAACUUCAAACUGCAGGUCAACUGUUAAAGGCUGAAUGCCAAAGAAAUCUCACUCACUGAUCUGCUAUGAAGAUGGCUCCCCCCAUUCAUAUCAUUCAUUUUGCUCAAUAAUGUUGUUGGGAUUUGUUUAUGCAUUACAGUACAGUCAAUUACAAUGUAAUUCCUCACCUUUUAAAGUGUCCGAAACCCUUUGGUUUCAAGUGGUCAGAUUAGUAGCAAUCUUUGAAUACAUUAAUCUCAGUGGCCUGUACUGUUUUUGAGAAUAGUCUUAAAAUAUAACCACCAUAAUGAUAGCGAUAAUAAUAUUGAUAAUAAAAACUCUUUUCUUUAUUGCCCCACUAAUGCAGACACAUAUUGUGCACCUCUUUUUCACAUUAACACACAACCUUUCAUUGUAUUGUAGAUUACUGCUUUGUGUUUAAAAUAACAAUUUGGUGUGUAUUUUUCAUGUUUCUAUGGUUUGUGAGUGCUCACAAUGUGCAGUGUUGUCAGUGGGGUUGUCAUUUGGAUUUGGUAAUAGAGGGUUUUUGUGAGUUUUUUGGCCUGUCUAUAAACUCAUUUCUAUUUCUUGUGCUAUUUUCAUAAAUGUAGUUCUUUUUAUAAUUGAAUUGUACAGUGCAGAGUUGAAUCAGAGGAUGUGAAAUUAAAUUUUGUUUUCUUUUUUCCCCAUUUCUGUAUAUCACUGCAAUCUUACCUGCACUUUAUAAGUGACUUAGUUCA